CUUAGUGGGGUAAAAGUCCAGUUUGUUGAUCCAAGGAUGGGUUAACCAUUAACGCACAUGCAAUCCUGUCUUUGCUGCCGAGAGCUUAUCUAUAAUUUUGUACAUGAGAGCUUUAACAUACCAUAUAUUGCGCUGUACUUGUGUGGGGAACAAGAGGCUUUAUAGUUGUGAGUUAUAGGAUUUUCUUUAAGACAGAGAUGAAACGUUUCCUGCGUUCCGGUCACGAUUCGGUGAGGGAGAGAAUAAAACGGGAUUUGUUCCAGUUUAAUAAGACUGUUGAGCAUGGCUUUCCUAACCAGCCCAGCGCAUUGGGAUUCAGCGAGACUCUCCGGCUCAUGGCUAUUGGUAUCCGCUCAGGAGCCAUCAAAAUAUAUGGCUCCCCUGGGGUGGAGUUUAUCGGUCUUCAUGAUGAGAGCAACUCUGUGAUUAAGAUAGUUUUCAUCCCCAACCAGUGCCAGCUAGUGACUCUGCUCGAUGACAACAGUCUCCACUUGUGGUCCUUCAGACCGCAAGAUGGAAACUGUGAACUAAGAGAAGAGAAGAAAUUCACGCUGCGUGUGCCUCCUGGGGCGUCCCCCAGUGUAACCCAGAUUAAAGUGCUACUGGCGCACUCUUCUGGCGAGAAACUGUACCUUGGUACAGAGGGCGGUAGUGUGUUUAGCUUGGCAUUGCCAUCUCUGCAAGUGCUAGAGGAGAAAACUAUUGCACAUGAGAGAGCUAUGAAAGGGCUGCCAGAUAGUUACACAAACAGACGAGCAUUUGAAUCGGUAGAAGCUCUGCAGGAGCACCCCAGGAACCCGGACCAGCUUCUGAUUGGCUACAGCUUAGGCAUGAUGGUUGUAUGGGAUGUGUCUGUAGGGCGUAGUGUUCAACACUUUCUUGGUAACCAGCAACUGGAAAAUGUGUUUUGGUGUCGGGAUGGGGAACAAAUAAUCAGUUGCCACAAUGAUGGUGGGUACAGCAAGUGGUCAGUAUCUGGUGACCAGUUGCAGGAAUCUCCUGUGGAGAGCAAAGUACCUUAUGGUCCCUUCCGCUGCAAAGCAAUCACAAAAAUCAGCUGGCACUCAGUGCGUAGGGGGUCGCCAUAUAUUGUAUUCCAAGGAGGGAUGCCCAUGGCCAGUUAUGGGGACCGGCACAGCAUCUCUGUUGUCCAUGGCAACCAGCAGACUGCAUUUGAUUUCACCUCUAGAAUAAUUGAUCAUGUUGUCAUCUCCAGUGCUGAUCCCUCUGCAGAAUAUGAUGACCCACGUGCCCUGCUGGUGCUAGCAGAAGAAGAGCUGGUAGCAAUAGAUUUGCAGACGCCUGGCUGGCCAGUGAUUCAGUGCCCAUACCUGGUGUCCCUCCACUGCUCCGCCAUCACCUGCUCUUACCACAUUUCUGCCAUUCCCCUGAAGUUGUGGGAGAGGAUAAUCGGCGCAGGCAGGAAGCAGAAUACACAAUAUUCCAGUAUGCCUUGGCCAGUUGAUGGCGGUGUGAAUAUGGCAUCUUCUCCCCCACAAAGGGACCUACUUCUUACUGGGCACGAGGAUGGUACAGUGCGCUUCUGGGAUGCCUCCGGGGUUUGCCUGCAGCUGAUGUACAAGAUGAGCACAGUUGGAGUCUUUCAGACAGACUCUGACCACAAUGAUAACCUCAACCCACAUGGAGAGGAAGAGUGGCCUCCAUUGCGUAAAGUUGGCUCAUUUGACCCAUACAGCGAUGAUCCUAGACUGGGCAUACAAAAGAUUUAUCUGUGCAAAUACAGUGGCUAUCUCUCCGUGGCUGGCACUGCAGGGCAGGUUCUUGUUCUAGAGCUGAAUGAUGAAGCUGCAGAACAGGUGGUAGAUCAGACUGUAGUUGAUCUCCUGCAAGAACAGGAAGGCUACAGAUGGAAAGGUCAUGAGAAGCUCCGUGCCCGCCAGGACCCCAUUCAUUUUCCAUCAGGGUUCCAGCCCUUUUCCCUUGUGCAGUGUCAGCCACCUGCUGUGGUCACCUCGCUAGCGCUGCACUCUGAGUGGAGGCUGCUGGCUUUUGGUACCAGCCAUGGUUUUGGCGUGUAUGAUUACCAACAGAAGCGCCAGGUGAUGGUCAAGUGCACGCUGCAUGCUAGUGACCAGUUGGCUCUAGAAGGUCCUUUGUCCAGAGUCAAAUCAUUGAAGAAAUCCCUACGCCAGUCAUUCCGACGCAUAAGGAGGAGUCAGGUCAAUAAACAACGUAGGGCAGGAGUUGACAGCAAGGUGCAGGAAGCCAAUGCUCGAUUUGAGCAGGAAGCUCUACAGGACAUGGAGCUGGCACCAGUACAACGAAGGAUUGAGGCUCGGUCUGCAGAAGAUUCCUUCACGGGAUUCGUGCGCACACUGUACUUUGCUGACACCUUUCUGAGGGACAGCUCACGGCACUGUCCUUCUCUAUGGGCUGGCACUAAUGGUGGCACAGUCUAUGCCUUCUCUCUCCGAGUGCCUCCAACAGAACGUCGUAUGGAGGAGGCAGUAACAGCAGCACAAGCUAAGGAAAUCCAGCUGAUGCACAGGGCACCUGUGGUAGGGAUCCUGAUUCUGGAUGGUCAUAAUAUCCCCUUACCGGAGCCUUUGGAAGCAGCUCAUGAUCUUUCCAAAAGCCCAGAUAUGCAGAACAGCCACCAACUUUUGGUUAUUUCUGAGGAACAGUUCAAGGUCUUCACGCUACCCAAAGUAAGCAGUAAACUUAAGCUAAAGCUGACUGCCACUGAGGGAUGCAGGGUACGCAAAGCGGCUGCGUGCACAUUCAGCAGCUGCCAAUCAGAUGAACACACAGAGAACCAUCUUGCAGUGCUCUCCAACCUUGGAGAUAUCCAGGUGGUGUCUUUGCCACAGCUAAAGCCACAGGUACGGUACAAAUGCAUUCGGAAGGAGGACGUUAGUGGCAUUGCUUCCUGCGUCUUCACAAAGCAAGGGCAAGGGUUCUAUCUGAUUUCUCCCUCUGAAAUGGUGCGUUUCUCUCUAUCAACGUGCUCGUUAGUUGCGCCUUGUUGCAGAGUAGACCCUCCAGAACCCUACAGAAAUGGGAGACCUCAGCGAGGGUCUAGCACAGACCGCCAGACUGACAGAUCCAGGAAAUCCAGCAGAAGUGAUGGGGACUCUGAUGUACUCAGGUCCCGGGGUGCACUGAUGGAACAUGCGCUGCUGAAUGAUGAAAAGGUCUUGAAGGAAAUUCAGAGCACACUGGAAGGGUCCAGAACAAGCUUUGGCGAAAGGAACUCUCGACAGAUCUCCAUAGGAAGCAGACUUAGUAAUGGAGCAGCAGAAUGAGUUACCUGCUGACAUUUUGGGUUUGGAGCCAAGUGCCACUACACUACUGAUUCUUCCCCGAUACCACUGGAUUCAAACUCGGAACCCCUUCCAUCCCUUCCUGUCUUUGCACGCCUGCGGGAAACUGUUCUUAAGUUAUAUAUUUUACUGCCAUACCUGUCCCGCACAGGCAUCAGAGCAGCAGAUUGUUGUUGUUUUGUGUUUUUUUUUUUUUUAAUUGUCACAAUUGUUUUUAAAGAGAAAAAAAUGUGUAUUUUGGAUUUUAUUGGAAUAUUUUAGCAGCAAUUUUUUAUACAGUAUAAUGAUGGUGACAUGAGCACCAGGAUUCCACUAGAUGACUGAGAUGCCAUGUAAUAUAUUUUUGUAACCAGUAAUGAUGGCAUUAUUAUUGGGGCAAUCAGUUAAUUUUUAUUGCCAAUAAAUGCUGCAUAACUGCU